CAUCAGUCCUCCAACAUGAAGAUCCCCUGUGACCUGUAGUGGAAAUUCCUUAUCUACACCUUCAUGUUGAUGAUCAACUGUCAGCAAGAGGUCCCAGAUCCCUUGGAGAGGAAAAUGUACUUGCUGCAUGAAGAAAAAAGAUCUGGGAAAAAGCCAGAAGACAAGGAGGCUGGGGUGUCUUGUGGGAAUCUCAGUGCCAUCCAAGCAGGAGCUCCUGUCUAUAAUUCAGGUUCCUGAAGGAAGGACAAGCUCAGCUGUUUGUUUGCACACAUCAGGAGGAGACAGAUAUCCAGCCUUCCCUUACUCGUAAGUAUGGAUCUGAAGAAAGGCAGAUAAGGUGUGCUGAGAGAUGGGACAGCCCGAUGGCAAAUUGCCCAUCAGGGAGCGGAGACAAAUCGAGCUUCAUCUUGAUGUUGCUGCUGGAGUCUCGGUAAAUGUCCAUCUGUCUGAUGAGCGUGAUGCAAAGGACAUUUUUGAAAAGGAGCCUUUUAACUCCGUAGACACGUAGGGACCCAUUCACGGGCAGGCACACACACGCGAGGAGGAGGAAGAAGAAGAAGCAACUUCACAAUCGCUGCUUUUUAAAAGGGAGAAGCUUUUUCCCUGGCUGGGACUUGCCUUCCUGCCUCCUCAGCCAGCUGCUAAAAGUAUGUUUCCGAGGCGGACUGCACUUCAGGGAACUUCUAUUUUCUGCUCGGCAGCUGUAGAGGAGCAGCAGCGAAGUUUGGAGUAACACCAAGUGAUGCGGGAAAAACACCCCGAGAGCAGAACACCCUCCUGCAGACACAACCCCUGCUGCUGCACACAGGUUGAUCAUGGUUGCCGUGACCCGCUCGCUCCUGGCGCUGCUGCUCUGCCAGGCGCUGCUGGGCGGCGCGGCCGGGCUCAUGCCGGAGGUGGGUCGGCGGCGCUUCAGCGAGCCGGGCCGCGCCGCCUCGGCCGCGCAGCGCCCCGAGGACCUGCUCAGCGAGUUCGAGUUGCGCCUGCUCCACAUGUUCGGGCUGAAGCGGCGGCCCAGCCCCGGCAAGGACGUCGUCAUCCCGCCCUACAUGCUGGACCUCUACCGCCUGCACGCGGGGCAGCAGCUGGGGCAGCCGGCGGCGCUGGGCUUCCCGCUGGAGCGGGCGGCCAGCCGCGCCAACACCGUCCGCAGCUUCCACCACGAAGAAGUUUUGGAAGAACUUCCAGAAACGAGUGGGAAAACAGCACGGCGUUUCUUCUUCAAUUUAACUUCGAUCCCCAGUGAGGAGUCUAUCACCUCAGCUGAACUCCAGAUUUUUCGGAAACAGGUGCAUGGAGCCUUUGAGAACAACAGCAGCUACCAUCACCGUAUUAAUAUUUAUGAAAUUAUAAAGCCAGCCACAGCCACCUCUAAGGACCCUGUCACAAGACUUUUGGACACCAGGAAUACAAGGGGAAACAAAGCCAGAAAAGGACAGAAAGGAUGGAGGAGCCCCACUUGUGCCUGGCAGCUGGGGACUUGGCAAUCUGACUCCUGCUCCAAGCCCUUCCUUCAGAGUUCUGCCUGACCUCAGGUAAACUGCACCACAGCCUCCCCAUUGCUUAGAAAUAGUUAAAUACACCACUCAUUCCAGAGCAUUUACAAACCAACAGGUGGGAAGCAUCACCUUGGAGCCAAGCACCUGUAAAAUUGCUUGCUAAGGUAUGUGCUCCCAAAUUCAAGGCAUGGAAAACCCAAGGGUUUCAUAACAAAAUGCGGAAAACCCCCUACAAAUACUCCAACACUCCCUUUUUCAGGCCACACCCCAAAAGCAAGUGAGACUGUAAUGGACAAAUCCUCCUCUGGCAGGGUGCCAGAGCCAGAGCACCCUUUGCCCAUGCAAGAUCGCUGUGGGAAGAGGCUGGCAGGGCCCAGCACUCCAUGGCCCUGUCCCUUUGCUCAUGGCAGCAGUGCCAGCUCACAGUCUCGCUGUCUGCCCAUGGCAGACGGCUGUCUGAACCUGGGACCUGGGAAAACGGGGAUAACAUCAGGAAAAAACAACAACACCUUACGUAGCUGCUGCUCCAUCUCACCCUGUGCUGGGAGAUCCUCCUUGCCAUGGACUGAGUCAGCUCCUGUCCUGUGCUCCUCAGCUCUCCAUGGAGCUGCUGCUGCUCCACGCCGGGGCUACUGGCAUGUGGCAUCCCACAUGCUGUGUCCCAUCCGCUGCCACAGGCAGCACUGGGGCAGUGGCUGUUUGCACCCUGUUUGGGCUCUUUGGCCCCUGUGUGGGUGUGAAUGCAGCUCCCCAGCGACUCAGGAUGGAGCAACAGCCCCUGCCCAGGAGGAUUCACUGGCUCCUUUGAAAAAUCUCCCCAGAUGUUCAUGGCAUCUUAGGUUACCACAAAGUAUCUGCCUGGAUCUGGGCUUUGAUUCUCCAGCUUUAUUCCAGGCUGGCUGGGGCACUGCCUUUCCCUCAGAGACCACAACUGACAGUUCUCCUCUCAGGGAGAGGGAGGAAUGGGGCAGCGGUUGCAUUUUGGGGGAGAGGGAAAGGCUGUUUGAGGCUAUGAGGCAGCUGCAGAGCUGGUGAGGAUGAUCAGGAAUUACCUUUUUCCUUCUCUGGGUGGGAUGGUGAGGUGGAUGUCUCACCUCUGCCAGCUGUAACAAACAUGGGGGGCUGAGCUCCAGCAGUAGAUGUGUCACCUCCCCCAUCUGCUCUGCUGGUGAGAGUGGCUUCAUCCUGCAAAAUAAGCAGAGAGAGAGAAGCUGAAAUUGCCAAGUGGGAAUUCAGUUUGUAUUAACUCUGAGAGCUGGCCAAAGAAGGAGAAAACAUCCAUCUCAGGAGGGUUUUCAAGAUUUGGACACUUGACUUCACGUUUUGGUAUGUUCAAACAUGAUCUGUCAACUCCCAUCAGGGGAAACAAGGAAGAACAAACAGCUCACUCUGCUAAAGUCAGGGCUGCCAUGGUUAGAAAGUUCGUGAAGCACAUGGCUAAAAAUAGGUUAGUCUGAACCCAUGAUGUGAACACAACUCCACAACUGGAUAUUGUGGAGUUCCUUUCUCUCUUGUUGUGCUAAAUCCUGGAACAUCAGGAAGUGAAAUGCAAAAACAGGUCUUAAAAGUAAUAAUAACCAUCCUACCAAAAUUAAAGCUCAGCUGUGCAACUUCCACAUUCCUCAGUCAUGUACUUGUGUUUGAGAAAAUUCAUGGUAAAGAUUUUACUUACCUGAGCUUUGGGUGUCUCCAUUAUUAGUAGGCCACAAACGAAUU